AUGGUUGUUAAAUGUUCUAUAUUUGGUUGUACAAAUAGGAAAGAUCACGAAACUGAUCUAGAGUAUUAUCGUCUGCCUGCAGUUGUCACAAACCAGGGCGAAGAAUGCGAGAAGUUGAGCAGUGAACGGCGCCGGUUAUGGCUAGCAAACAUCGGUCAAAACUUUGAAAAUAAGAAUAUACAGAAUGUCAGAGUCUGUUCAGCUCACUUUGUGAACGGAAAGAAGUCUUAUCUACAUGACAAACUUUCACCAGACUGGGCUCCAACAGUUAACCUUGGUAGAAAGAGACAUGCAUCUGAAACAGCUUGUGACAGGUAUGACCGCAUGUUAGAAAGAAAAAGGCGAAAGUCUUAAAAAAAGAUGAGACAGCGGCACUUCCAGAAGUACCAGAGGUAGAUACUGAACCAGCGGUCCAGGAGACCGGGGCGUAUAUACAGACAGAUAUUAACAAUGACUUGAUGGAUGCUAUGCAGUCAGAACUGCAGGAACUACGUAAUGAGAAUGCGGCAAUGAAGGACAGAGUGACUUCUCUUGAAACAAAGUUUUCACUGGAGUAUUUUAGGGAUAAUGAUGAGAAAGUUAAGCACCUCACUGGGCUUCAGUCCUUUUCAACUCUUGUGAUUCUCUUUCAGUUUCUAGAACCAUUCCUUCCAACAAGCCUUGUAAUGAACAAGUUCAAGCUUAUGAUCCUUACUCUAGUGAAGUUAAGACUUAACUUGUCAAACAUGUUUCUGUCAUAUGAGUUUGAGACAAAACAGUCAACUGUUUCGCGAUUACUAACAUUAACAAUUUCAGCUAUGUACAAACGAAUGAAAAAAUUAAUCAAAUGGCCAGAAUGUGAAACUCUACAAAAAACCAUGCCAAUGGAGUUUCGAAAGAACUUCGGAAAAAAAUGUGCUGUUAUAAUUGACUGUUUUGAGGUGUUUAUUGAUAAACCAACAGGACUGAAAACCAGGGCUGAAACAUGGUCUUCCUACAAGCACCAUCACACUAUAAAAUUUCUCAUAGGUAUUACACCACAAGGCACAGUUUCUUACAUUUCUGAUGUAUGGGGCGGUCGUGUUAGCGACAAGUACAUAACAGAAAACAGCGGCUUUUUAAAUAAACUUUUACCAGGAGAUCUUGUUUUGGCCGAUCGCGGGUUUGAUGUACGAGACAGUGUUGGAUCGGUAUGUGCAUAAGUAAAAAUUCCAGCAUUCACUAAAGGAAGAGACCAGUUGUCUCCUCUUGAUGUAGAGGCGACUCGCAAACUGGCACAUUCAAGGAUCCAUGUGGAACGAGUUAUUGGAUCUGUUCGACAAAAGUACACUAUACUAAAUGGUUGUUUACCAAUACAUUUUCUCAUGAACAAAGACUCAAAAAUUGUCACAGUGUGUUGUGGGCUUGUCAAUCUUUGUGACUCAGUUGUUGAUUUUAACUAAAACCUGCUAUAGCAUGAUGUAAAACUUAGAACUGUUUCACUUUAAACUGGUUUGACAGACAUACCGGUAUUGUUUUUAUUCUCAACCACUAUGACAGUGGGGAAGUUGCCACUUAAAUGUGGAGGUCAUUGUCAUUUAAAGUAAUGCCUAUAGAAAUAGGAUUGACAUAAAUAAAAUUUACCUUUCAGUACAAUCUGACUAAAGUACAUCUCCUAUUAUGCUACGCAUAGGAUCUGACAACGAGCUAUUGAUGGCCUCGUUCUGACAACCCUUCCGCUAGCCAAUCAAAAGCUAACUUACAACAUUCUGCAAGCUUUAAAAAGCCUUGGUUUUUGAUAUCAACAAUUUUUAUGUCGAAAGAUGUCAGAUAGCCGGUUAGCUCAGUCGGUAGGGCACUUGCUCUGUAAGCGAGAGGUCCCGGGUUCGAGCCCUGGAUUAACUGCAAAUUUUUCUUACACUUUGACAUUCGAACAAGUUGUCUGAUUGGUUCAAACGAAAAUAGAUUUGCGAAAAUAAAAAUAGCAAUAUUGGAAAUCCAAAAUAUACAGAAGACGAAUGUGAAUGGGUCGUUCUCAGAUCUUCGUUUAGAAGAUCAAGUACUUUAGUCAGAUUGCCUUUCAGUAGUAAAUAACUUGCUUAAAGACAAUAAAAUAUUUAUAAAUAAAUUUAUUAGGUUAUGAAAUACUAAUUUAUUUGAAGCAUACCUUAAACAUGUACAGAAAAGUCAGGGUAUAGGUAAAUUUCUGUAAGUUGACAGAAUGACAUAUAUUCAUACAUAAAUAAUAACAAUGUAUAUACAUCUGUCUCAUUUCAAACAAGGUUGUUUAUUCAAAAUAGCCAAAUUUAUAUGUUGUAUUCAUUGAUGUAAUGACUAUGAUAUACCAAUUAAAAUGUUUAUUGUUAUGUCAGCUUUCAUUUUUACUUUUUUCUGGUCACUUUUUGUCUUUUACAUUGAGGCAAUUUUCUACAGUCAGGACAGUACCAUUUGCCACCGGAGACUUUUCAAUUUUGACACAAGCAUAAUGGAACCAUUCUAUUUCACAGUCAUCAUUAUCACACCCAAUCAUUUUCCCAUGCUCCACCUGCUCACAAUAGCAAUAGAUCUCCUCCCCAGCUUCAUUGACUGCCCUCUUCCUAGAAUCAGUUGUG